AUGGCUAUGGCAGCAAGAGGACGUAAUUCUAAACUACCACCUGAGGUGAAUCGGAUCUUGUAUAUCAAAAAUCUACCAUACAAAAUAACUUCCAGCGAAAUGUAUGAAAUUUUCGGGAAAUUUGGAGCGAUUCGUCAAAUAAGAGUUGGGUCAACAAAUGAAACAAGAGGUACUGCAUUUGUCGUUUAUGAAGACAUCUAUGAUGCGAAAAAUGCUUGUGAGCAUAUGAGUGGUUUCAACGUUUCAAACAGAUAUUUGGUUGUGUUGUAUUAUCAAGCUACAAAGGCAUACAAAAGAAUGGAUACAGAAAAGGCGAAAGAGCGUCUUGAAGAGGUCAAAGAGCGUUACGGCAUUGGUGGUGAUCUUACUAAGCAGAAAAAUGCAUACACGCCUACACCUCGUCGAUAG